CAUACACGGCCGUCCCUGCCGCCAACAGAUGUGCACUCUCAUCACUCCACAGGCACAACAGUUACAUUAGCAUCUCCAGCAGCAUACUGAUGGGGAAUCACAGAAAGAGAGAGAGAGGGGCAGAGAGAGAGAGAAGGGGUAGAGGUUGAGGAAAAGGGGUAAUCACCGUCAGUCAGAGAGAGAGAGAGUGCACAUCUGAAAGAGAGUGGACAGUGAGCGCGAGAGAUGCUUUACAGAGGAGCUGUGGAGCGAGAAAGAAUGUAACAGGCAGAUAGAAGGAGCAGCGCAGAAGAGAGAGACGGAGGAAAGCUGCUCUUUUUCUUUCCCCUUCCACACGCUACUAUACCUGCUUUCUCUCUCUCCCCCCACCUUGCCUCAGACCUUCAAUUUUGGGCUGUGACCUCCCUCCCCUCCUCCCUCUCUGCCUCCUCCUGUCGUACACGCUAGCGCUUGCUUUGGGCUGGGAGUGUGGCGCACCUCUCUCUCUCUAAUCUCAGUUGGUUUUGUCUCUCGUUGCUCUGCUGCUGCUCUCACAGGGGACUCGUCGCCGGGAAACGAGAAUACAAACAUGGGAGUGACAGGCAGAUUGACUGCGGACAUGCUGGGAAUGGUAGUGGGAUUGAGCGGGAACGCCACUGGAUUUCCCCAACAAUUCCCUCUCACUCCCACCAACAUGCAGGAUUAACCAGGAACACCAGGUGGAUUCCCCCAUUCCCAUCGGAGCAGACACCUGCUGGAGCACCUCUGCCUGUAUGACUACAACUGGGGAGAAGGAGAAGAGACGUAAAGAGAGAUGAGAGAAGAGGCUUAUGAGGCUUUCAAAGCCUCGGCCAAAAUGUGACAUUUAUUUGAGGAUUUUGAAAAAGGUCAAAACUAGAGAUUAUAAAAGAGGGGGGUAUUAGUAUAUGGCCCCCCCAACGAAAGUGGAUUUGAGAAUGGGCCCUGUUUGGCUCCUCCUGUUGCUGCUCACGCCCCUCCUUUCAGCACAGGUUAGCAUAGUUUCUGAAUUGGGGAAUACAGCCGAGUCAGAGGACCCAACGGCAUCCGUUGUGAGCGCUACAGGGGAGUCGGGCACCCCCUACAGCCCCGAUCCCUCAGGGUCGGUCACGACCCCCUCGGAAGCCCCAGAGGAGGACUGGACAUCAGCAGAGGUCUUUCUCUACAGCGGGGACUACUCCGUCUUGGGGCUAGUGGAGUGCGACCGGGCGUACAGUCUCACGGGUCAGAACGGCCCCCUGCCGCGAGGGUUCUAUGGUCCCCUCCGACCGUCCAUGGACGCCCUGGCCAACACGGCCAACUUCCUCAACAUGAUCUUCCAGGCCAGUGACCUGCGGGAGAGCACUGUGCAAGAGGACAUGGAGUGGUACCACGCCAUGGUGCGCGCUCUUCUGGAGGCCGACCCCCUCAUCCGGCAGGCCCUCCUCACCUUUGACGCAGAUCCAGCCUCCACCACCCCCCAGCUCGUGCUCCGCGCCUCCCGGAACCCUGCUCCCCCCAGGUACCAGAACAUCCUCCUCCAGGACCUCUCUAGCCAAUGGGAAAGUCUGCACCUCCCGGCCCCCGCACCCGACGACACCUGGUUCAGCAGUUUCAAGUUUCCCGCCUCCUCCAACCAGCCCACCUCGACCCUAUCUAAAAGAGUCCUCCUCAAUGACCUCAGCACCCUGGACACGCCCAAAUGGGGGCGGGGCGAUAGCUACGUGACCAAUCGCAGCGGGGUGCGCUGGGCCAAUGGGCCGUUCCUAGAGUGUGAGGACGGCCGCUUCCUGCCGGGCUGGCUGCUCACCCUAUCCACUUCCUUCUACGGCCUGAAGCCCGACCUCAGCCCUGAGUUUAGGGGUGUAAUCCGUGUGGAUGUAAACGUACAGGGCUUUGAUGUGAACCAGUGUGACACGGGGGACGCUUGGUUUGCCAACACACACCAGUGCAACCGCACCACCAUGGAGUGUGAGCCAAUCACAGGCCAGGGAUUCAGAUUGGGCCAGUACUGCUGUCGCUGCAAAGAGGGAUACUACAGCCCCCCAAUGGACGAAGGAGGUGCUCUGAACGGCAGCGGUGGGGAGGGAGGUGGCGUGUGUUACCCGGCCCUGCCCAUCUGUCUCCCCUGUUGGCCGGGCUGCAGGCGUUGCGAGGACGGCGCCCCCUGUUGGGUAGAGGAGGACUGGUUCCUCAGAGCCGGGGUGCUGGCCGUCCAGGGCUUCUUCAUGCUGCUGGUGUUCAUCAGCAUGCUGGUGGCCUACCAGUUCAGACGCAGCAGGAGGAUCCGGGCAUCAGGACUCCUGCUGUUAGAGACCAUCCUGUUUGGCUCUCUGCUCCUGUACUUCCCGGUUUUCAUCCUGUACUUCAAGCCCAGCACCUUCCGAUGCAUCCUGCUUCGCUGGGUGCGACUUCUGGGCUUUGCCAUAGUCUAUGGAACGGUAACACUGAAGAUAUAUAGGGUUCUCAAGGUGUUCCUGUCGCGCACAGCCCAGAGAGUGCCCUACAUGUCCAGCAUACACCUGCUGAGGUUGCUGGGAGUCAUGGUUGUGACCGUCAGCUGGUUCCUGUGUGCGUGGACCGCGGGCGUUCUACAGAACCGUGACCGUAACGUUCCGUUACUGAUCAUAUCGACCACGUCGGAUGGCCAGGGCUUCAGCCUCUGUGACCUGGACCGCUGGGACUACAUGAUGGCCGUGGCCGAGCUGAUGUUUCUGUGCUGGGGCAGUAUACUGUGCAGUGCUGUGAAGCCAGUGCCCUCAGCCUUCCACGAGCCUCGCUACAUAGGUAUCGCCAUACACAACGAGCUGCUGCUAUCCUCCAUGUUCCACCUGCUACGGUUUGUCAUGCCCUCUCUGCAUCCUGACUGGAUGCUGUUGCUGUUCUUCACCCAUACGCACGUCACUAUCACUGUGACACUCGCCCUGCUCUUCAUACCCAAGUUCCUCCAUGUUUCGAGGGCGGGGAGAGAGGAGAUUGCAGAGGAGGUUUAUGAGGAUGAGGUGGACUUGCGGCGAUCCGGCUCGUACCUCAACAGCAGUUUUACCUCAGCAGUUUGGAGUGACCACAGCUUGGACCCCGAUGACAUUCGGGAUGAGCUGAAGAAAUUGUAUGGUCAAUUGGAGGUCCACAAGACAAAGAAGAUGACAGCAAACAACCCCCACCUGCAGAAGAAGCGCAGCUCUCGGCGCGGGCUGGGCCGGUCCAUCAUAAAGCGUAUCACUGAGAUCCCAGAGUCCAUGAGCCGACAGUGCAGCCGUGAUGGCAAAGAGGUCAACUUGGGCAGCAGGGAUGUUACGCACUCCGAGUCCUGUAAGAGAGCGCCAGAUACUUUUAGCGUAAAUUACAAAGAUCAACCAGUAAAGCAGCCUUCACCAGUGCUGCGUAAAUCUCAAAGUGACUAUGACUAUGUAACCGAUAAAGACCCCUCCUUGCACGACUCCAUGUUAAGGGCGAAUCUAGCUAAGAGAUGCUCACAGCGCUCUGAGACAGACUCGCUGUAUAUGGCACCAUUGGUCUGUAAGUCGGCCAGUGCCCAAAACCUUACAGUCGAUAACAAUCUCCUGCUUCCUGGACCUACCAAACUACACAAGUCACUGAGUUUAGCGUCCAGUAAAGCCCACAGUCUGGAAGACACCUCUCGGGUAGGCAGAGAUACCCAAGGCGAGCAAGGGCAGUCCCAACAGGAUGUCGCUAUCAAGGACCAGACCUCAAGUGCCCUUGUGCAAUCCCAGUCCUAUGACAAGGCCGAAGUGUGUCCCUGGGAGCUUGCGGAGGAACGCCCUGCCAACAAGAACCAGCCACACGUUACCUUUGCUCCCUCUGAGGAAGAAGACCCAGAGAGUUUAUCGUCACCAAUACUGAAACAUAUUUGCCCCUGGGACCAUUUACCAGUUCCUACCCCAGCAGAAAGUCCUGCUGGGGAUUCACAAGGCGGAGAGGCAGAAUGUGAGUCCCCAAGCCCCCAGGCUCCCAUCUCCGCUAGUGUACCUGGGUCCCCAAAGGACAUGCGGGUCUUCUCCUUCCGCACUUCCACCCAGAAAUGGCUCUCUGUGAAAUCUUUCGUAGGAUCUGUGGAUGCAAGCAUCAAGGAAAAAGCCAAAAAGGAGACAGCAGGAGAUACGGUAAAGAAACAGGACUCAAUAUCACAAAAAAGCCAGGGGAGUGUAGCCGCCAUCGCCGUCAUCGCAGCAUUAAAAUUAAAAACUCCAAGCAUUUCAAGCGCAGAAACGAAAUCACAAAGUGUUUCAAACUUGAAGAAAUCUUGUGUUUCAAGCAUAGACAAAAGGACACAGCAAAAAAGAAGUAUGACAACAGUAGAUGUGAAACCUGCCCUCGUGAAACAGGCUGCAAUCAGACAGUCCUCAUGUGAUUCCUCUGAAAUAAGUCCUAGGAGAAUAGUGGUUGUACAGUCCACUGUCUAUCCUUGGGACUCAGAGGACAUGCAAAAGGACAGUAUAUAUGAAAACGUGUUAAUCUCAAGCAAAAACACUGCACAUAGCACAGCUAAGACUCCUUCCACUCACAGAAGGGGUAGCCAAAUUAGGCCUGCUCUGAGUGUUGCCCAAUCAGAUAUUUGCCCAUGGGAUGUUCCUGCUUCUUCCCAGCAAGCCCCACAGAGACAACAAAGCACCACAGCAGACAUCUGCCCGUGGGAGGUGGAGGAACCAGAGGAGGAUCCAAAGGCGCCUGCACGUGUCAGUGUAUGUCCUUGGGAAUCAGAAGAAGUAUUGAAAAGACAGGAGAGUAUCCGGGGAGAUGUAUGCCCUUCGGAAGCUAGUGUUUCCGCCAUCCCAAUUACCUCAGCGUCCAACCAGUCUGAGAAGAAACCAGAGGGUCUGAACAAGAAACCAACGGAUGUAUGUCCUUGGGAAACCGAUGAAACCCCACAGAUUUCUCAAGGCCUAAAACCCCAAGAGAGUGUACGGGUUGAUGUCUGCCCUUGGGAUGUGGGAGAUUCCUUCCCUGAAAAAGUAAAGGUGGCGAUUAUUUAUGAAAAUGUUCAUCCACAUGAGCACAAGGGAUUGCAUGAGGCACCACCAAAAUGUCAGGAGACAAUACAUGCAAAUGUCUGUCCAUGGGAAUCUGAAGAGACCCCAAAAUCCCAAGACGGUGUACGGGAGAAUGUCUGUCCUUGGGAAUCAACGGACACGCCAAGCAUUGGGAAGCAAGAUGUACAAACAAAAAGCACAGAGCAAGCUAAAUCUGCCCCUGAAAAACAAAGUGUCCCCUUAGCGAAAGCAUGUCCAUGGGAAUUCCCUGACCCACCAAAAGACUUGACAGUACUUUGUCCUUGGGAAAAGGAGGAGAGUCCAAUGCCACCCAUAGCCAUAAAGAUCACCAAAGGAUCAUUUUCCCAGGAGACCACUGUUGCAAAAACAGACAUUUGUCCAUGGGACAUUGGAUACCAAGAAAAGACAGAAGGAAACGACAGCCCCUGUACAAAUGUUUGUCCUUGGGAAACCCAAGGCAGAACUCAAGCUGAUCCAAAAAAGACUGACAGCGUUCAAGUAAAUAUUUGUCCUUGGGAGACUGAAAAACCAGAGCAGCAAGAAAGCACUCUGGCUAUUGUCUCCAUAGAAACAGGAAAGACUAAAAGACAAGACAGCACUAUGGCAGAUGUUUGUCCUUGGGAAACAGGGGCAACUGAUGAGCCAGACAAGACAAAAAGACGAGAUGGCACUCAAACAGACGUUGGUCCAUGGGAAACUGAGAGGCCAAAAAAGACAGAGGAGAAAGAUGGUGUCAAAGUUGAUGUUUGUCCUUGGGAAACUGGAGAGACUGACAAGACAAAUGGACAAGACAGUACUAAAGCAGAUAUCUCCAACGAAACACAAAAAGAGAAAAGACGAGACAGUGUUCGAGCUAAUAUUUGUCCUUGGGAAACUGAUGUCCCCGAAGAACCAGAAAAGAUGAAAAAGCAAGACGGUGUUCGGGCAGAUGUUUGUGUAUGGGAAACUGGUCCAGCUGAAGAGUCAGAAAAGACUAACAGCCAGGACAGCACCAAGGCAGACAUUUGUCCAUGGGAAACUGGUCCAGCUGAAGAGUCAGAAAAUAAAAAAAUCCAGGACAGCACCAAGGCAGACAUUUGUCCAUGGGAAACUGGUCCUGCUGAAGAGUCAGAAAAUACUAAAAGCCAGGACAACACCAAGGCAGACAUUUGUCCAUGGGAAACUGGUCCAGCUGAAGAGUCAGGAAAUACUAAAAUCCAGGACAGCACCAAGGCAGACAUUUGUCCAUGGGAAACUGGUCCAGCUGAAGAGUCAGUAAAGACUCAAAUCCAGGACAGCACCAAGGCAGACAUUUGUCCAUGGGAAACUGGUCCAGCUGAAGAGUCAGAAAAGACUAAAAGCCAGGACAGCACCAAGGCAGACAUUUGUCCAUGGGAAACUGGUCCAGCUGAAGAGUCAGAAAUGACUAAAAGCCAGGACAGCACCAAGGCAGACAUUUGUCCAUGGGAAACUGGUCCAGCUGAAGAGUCAGAAAAUACUAAAAGCCAGGACAGCACCAAAGCAGACAUUUGUCCAUGGGAAACAGGUCCAGCUGAAGAGUCAGAAAAUACUAAAAGCCAGGACAGCACCAAGGCAGACAUUUGUCCAUGGGAAACUGGUCCAGCUGAAGAGUCAGAAAAGACUAAAAGCCAGGACAGCACCAAGGCAGACAUUUGUCCAUGGGAAACUGGUCCAGCUGAAGGGUCAGAAAAGACUAAAAGCCAGGACAGCACCAAGGCAGACAUUUGUCCAUGGGAAACUGGUCCAGCUGAAGAGUCAGAAAAGACUAAAAUCCAGGACAGCACCAAGGCAGACAUUUGUCCAUGGGAAACUGGUCCAGCUGAAGAGUCAGAAAAGACUAAAAUCCAGGACAGCACCAAGGCAGGCAUUUGUCCAUGGGAAACAGGUCCAGCUGAAGAGUCAGAAAAGACUCAAAUCCAGGACAGCACCAAGGCAGACAUUUGUCCAUGGGAAACAGGUCCAGCUGAAGAGUCAGAAAAGACUAAAAGCCAGGACAGCACCAAGGCAGACAUUUGUCCAUGGGAAACUGGUCCAGCUGAAGAGUCAGAAAAGACUAAAAGCCAGGACAGCACCAAGGCAGACAUUUGUCCAUGGGAAACUGGUCCAGCUGAAGAGUCAGAAAAGACUAAAAUCCAGGACAGCACCAAGGCAGACAUUUGUCCAUGGGAAACUGGUACAGCUGAAGAGUCAGAAAAGACUAAAAGCCAGGACAGCACCAAGGCAGACAUUUGUCCAUGGGAAACUGGUCCAACUGAAGAGUCAGAAAAGACUAAAAGCCAGGACAGCACCAAGGCAGACAUUUGUCCAUGGGAAACUGGUCCAGCUGAAGAGUCAGAAACUACUAAAAGCCAGGACAGCACCAAGGCAGACAUUUGUUCACGGGAGACCAGGGAUCCUAUAGAACCAGAGAAGAUAAAAAAGCAAGAAAGUGUUCGAGAAGACGUUUGCCCAUGGGACACUGAUGAACCAGAAAAGUCUGCAGAGAAAGAGGAAACUAUGAUUGCCAGUGGCAUACAGGACGUCACAGAGACCCAGGGUGCACUCUCUAUGGAAGAGGGUGACGCUGCAGAACCUGUAGCCAGCAGCACGCAGACGGCAGAGGCAGCCAAAGCUAACAUGCCCCUGGCUCGGCGUGAUGCUAUGUGCCCUUGGGAGAUGGAAGAGACCAAACCACCAUCAUCCCCGUCAUCCAUCACAGAACACGACAAUAACUCAGACGUUUUUACAUGGGAGCCUGAAAACAUUCCUGAAGAGGAAGAGGAGGAAGACGAUGCCGAGAGUGCUGCUGAAGCCUUCGUCUUCCCAUCCGACUUGUAAACGCCAAGACUGUCAAUUACUGGCUAGAACAAGAAUGGUCUCACUGGGUCACUGUGCAAAGAUGUCCCCUACCUGGAGGGGGUGGGGGGGGUAAUGAAUCGGACAUGACCUUUGCAAACCUAAAUGUAGCAAAGGCCCCCUGACUGUCCAUCCAUAACACUCCCCAGAAAGACACUGCUCCACAAGCAAUACACCCCUGGGCCAGGAUCUGUAAAUGCUCUGCCCACCAGAGGUACAUUUACCCUCCCAGGUUCUCAAUCAGAGAAAGCGUCUGGAUGCAGUCCCUCUUCUUCUUGCCACUUUGACCCCUUUUAGAAAUGUAUUUUGUUUUCGGUCUUUGUGUGUUUAAGUGACAAUGUAUCACACAGUUAAAACCCCAUCGCCAUGGCUGUGAAAGGUUGACAAUGUGUUUAAAUAACAGCCUGAGCUUUACGAAGUUGGUGAUAACUCCUUAUAGACACACAGGGAAAUAAUCUACACUAGACCAGUGCUCCUUCAGGUUAACCUGUAAGCACAUCCAGCAUUUUGGAAAUCACUGAUUACAAUGGUGGUGAUGCAUGUCCUUUUGUUGCCUGCUAUAAACACAUUCCAAACAAUUUUAAGGACAGCUUUCCAGCUGUAAUAUUGUGUGCUUUUUCAAAGUCAAUUGUGUCAAUUACACAGUCGUGGCUACAAGGAUAUCAAAUGUAAUGUCAGUAAUGUAGAUCAACAACAUGAUCAUGUCCCCACAGACACGUAGCUAAUAUUAAUAAUACAUCGAACUUUAACAGAGAACUUAAAUCGUACUAAUUCAAUACUGACUUGUGAAGAGCUAGCUCUAAUCUGUUCUUUUGAAUCAUUUACAAUACCAAUUUUAUUAGAAGAAGAAAUUCAUGAAUUCAUAUUUAAAAAAACGUAGAUCUACACUUUGAGGAGAAUGCAAGACCAAACCUUUUUUCACAUGAUUUUUUUCAAGGAUACAACUCAAUUUGGAAACAGUUGCCCUAAAAAGAACUGCACCUCAGUAUAGUCCUGCUAAAACUGUACAUAAGGCAAUUGUCAUUGAUUUAUUCACCAUUUCCAUGCUUUAUUUACCAAAUGUAUCCAUCCAUAUUUGCCACAUCUCCGCAUUCAGUGAAAAUGUAAGUUUGUGCGGUGGUGAUAUCAUGUUAUUCGCAAUGGACUAACUUCGUUUUGUGAGUGUUUUCUGAUGCAUGUAAUGUGUUUUUUGAAUGGGUGUGCUGUCUUUUUGUUAAGUAGAAUCAAACACCAUCAUUACACAAUGCAUCCUUUUUGUAUGCAAGUUGAAAGUGAUUUCUGUUGAGAUUUCAGUUAUUUUUGUAUGUAUUGCCUAUGAAAAGUACAGAUUAUUCUGAUAUAAAAUGUACAUUCACUGAAAUCAAAAAGGUAUGAAAAAAGAGAUGGGACAUUUUAUUUUUGUAUUCUUUAAAUUAACAUGUAAUAUAUUCACCAUUGAAAUAAACCAUACAAUCUGUACCGA